CAUCUUGUUGUGGAAAUUUUUCUCUGCAUAGAAGAAUAAUUUGUUUGGAUUAUUAAGUUGCUUUUUGAGGAAAUUUUUACUGAAGUUCACUUUUUUUUUAACUUUAAAUAAUUAUGGAGGCGAAAACUCAAGAAAUUUUGCAAAACGAAUUAAAAGUAAAACGCAUAUGUCGUUUUUGCCUUUGCCAAAAUACCACUAAAUUAUCAAACAUAUAUAUGCGCGACACGCGUAUAAAGACAUCGGCUCCUUUACCAAUACAAAUAAUGGCCAUUGCAUCCAUUGAGGUUUUUACGAAUGACGGUAUGCCUUCGUAUAUUUGCACGUACUGUACUCAAUAUUUUGAGUAUAGCUAUCAAUUCAAACAAAUGUGCAAAAAGGCGGACAAUUUGUUGCGUCAGGUUCCAUUCACAGGAAAAUGGCCAGCAGAGUUGGAGAAACCCACUGUUCCGGGAAAUGAGGUUAGCGUUGCAGUAGAAAGAAAACUUAAUUUAUCGGUACAUGAAAAUGUUAAGAAAUCGAACCAAACUCAGCUUAGGGUUCAGUCAGUUCGAAUGACAAAACCGGCAAGUGGCGGAGGUGGUCAACCAAGACUUCAAGAAUCGAAUGCUUCGUUUAAUGCCGUGCCAAAAAAAAUUUUAAAUGCAGAUCCUGCUGCUGUUCCAGUACCGCCGACUCCAGUGCGCACUAAAGUGGAAGCAAUUGAUGACGAAGCUACGGCCAACUUUCUUAAUAAAAUUGAAAAUGAUGAUGAUUUGUUCAUAGAUGAUGUGCAACGUUUAAUUGCCUCGGAAGAGGUGGAGGAGACAGAAUUUGUUAACAUGAAUUCCUUGCCUGUACUGGUGGUUGAUACCACAAGCACCAAUAUUAAGCCAAAAUUGUUAAAUAAGUCUUCAGUGCGCAUUUUAAAUAAAGAAGCAGCUAAAGAGCUAGAACCACGGUUAAGUUUGCCAAAGGUUAAACAAGAUGAAGACGGUAAUGUGGAAAUCGUGGCGGAAAUUUUGAAUGCGGACGAACCAUACGAAAAUGAACCGGAUCCCAUGGAUGCUGCUCCAAUUCAAGUAAACGUGUUUCCCUGUUCUUUCUGCGAACGUUCAUUUCCAUUGCGUCAACUGCGAGACAUACAUAUUAAAAAUCAUAGUCGUGAACGAAAUUAUUUAUGUAAUGAAUGCAACAAAAGUUUCUUUACCAAAUAUGACUUGCAAAAGCAUGUCUUAACGCACAAAGAAGAUAAACCGUUCAAGUGUUCUGCCUGCGAUAAAAGUUUUACACGCAGUACUUUGUUAUAUCGUCACGAGCGUUCGCAUACCGAUAUGCCUAAAUAUAUAUGCGUGCAUUGUGAAAAACCCUUUUUAUCGUCUGAAGAUUUAGAGAAGCAUGUCGCUCGACACAACAAAAAUCGUCCGUUCAAAUGCAAACUAUGCCACAAAGCUUUUGCUUUCAAGCAGGGCUUAGAACGGCACGAGGUAGUUCAUUCACGUCAGCAACCAUUUCCUUGUCAGUACUGUAAUCAAAGCUUUUCCACUACGAGCAAACUAGCCCGACAUCUUACUGCUCAUGCCGGCGAACGUCCUUAUCCUUGCAAGUUCUGCUCGAAAUCAUAUCUGUUAUCACAUCAUCUGACACGUCACAUGCGCUCCCACAAAAAUGCUCGCCAUUCGGCGAUGGAUUUUAAAUGCAACUCUUGCACCGAAACUUUUGAUUCUCGCGAAGCUCUUAUCGUUCACUCAGCCAAUCAUGCUAAGGACGAAAGUUUGUCUUGCCCGUUGUGCAAAGAAAGCUUCGACAACUUUGAUAUUGUUACAGCUCAUAUCAAGGAACACUCGGGCGGUGAAGCAUACGCAUGUGAAUUUUGCGAUUUAAUCUUCUUAUCAGCCGAUAAACUACAUACCCACACUCAACGUAGCCAUAACGAAGAAAUGAUGGUCUAUAAUGAGAAUGAUAAAGCUCAGGCAGCAAAGCACGAACAAAAGAAAUCGGAAAGGAGUAGCAGUGACGGAAACGAAGAUUUACAAAAAACCGUAAAUGCAUUUUUCAUUGAAGAAGUGGACGAGAACGCGAGAAAAGACAAAAUUGAUAUUAACAUUAAGACGGAGCCAAGCGAUUCGCCAAAAAUUAUUAAUCAAGUCAUUAUAUCAAAAGACGUAAGCGAAAUUCCUACCGUUUCUCAUAACGACGAUAACGAUGAUGACGAUGACGAUGAUGAUGAUGAUGAUGAUGAUGGUGAUGAUGAUGAUGAUGUUGAUGAUGAUGAUGACAACCAACUGGAAACCAGUCUCUUAGUACCAGUAAAAUUGCGUAAGUUAGAGGCAGUUCCAACAGAAGUAACGAAGGUUGCUGAUAACGCUCUGGUGCUAAGAUCAUCUCCUGGUCGACGCAAAAUACCCAACGUUAAUGAUAAUAAUAAUAUCAAUGAAAUGAAGCAAACUCAAGUGGGACGGUUGAAAUUAUCAAAAGAUAUAACAGUACGCAAAACCAAUCCAGCCAAGCAAAAUUCCAAUGAAGUGAGUUCUUCGCAUCAGAUGUCUUUCCUUCAAAAGAACAGUCAACGUUCUUCUGCAGUAUCAACGUCAGUGGCUAUGAAAAAUGUGAAGAGUACUAAUGAUAUCCCAAGUAACAAUAAUAAGAAAUUGUGUACUAUGGCAAUCGGCGGAAAGACGGUAAAGGCACAGAGGAUCACCGUAACGAAAGCUGAAGCGGCUGCCUUGGAUCGUGAAGGACGAAUUAGCUAUAGGAAUGGGAAUAUGAUAUUAAGAGGCCAACAGUCAAAGAAGAAGAACAAAUGAGAUUUUGGUUACAUGUUCAGUAUAUUUUCGAAUUGAACUUUCAAGAAUUUAUUAAAAAUAAAGAAAAAUUUCAAAAACA